AUGCCCCAUGUCUUCCUGGUCAGGAGUAGGCGUCUGCAAACACCUAAUUGGGACUACCUGCCUGACCAACUCUGGGGAGAUGCCUAUGUCCCAGACUGCAGCAGCCUGAAGGGGCCACCAGCACACCAAUCUUCCAACCUUGGGGAGUCUUGGGCAGCAGUGAGUCUGCAGGUGGCCCACAAGACCCUGCUCAGGAUCCAUCCAUUCCACUGCAGAGUUUGUGGGAAAGCAUUUACAUAGCACUGAUAGCUUGAAACGCAUCUUGCCAAGGUGCACGGUCGGUCAGCCAGCCAGCUACGCUUAGCUUACCGUGAGCUCCGUGAGAAGUUACAUGUGUGCAAGAUCUGUGGCUUCACUAGUUCGAGGCACACUUUCGCGCAGCACUGGGCCCUGCACCGCGCUGCUUGA